AUGCUGUCUCUUCAAGCAAAUGUCGACCUUGUGUUCAUUUUUAUUAUUAGAAGUGAUGAAACAUGGCUGUAUUUGCCUACCUAUUCUUCUUUCUUCUUUUUCCUCCCCCCAACACCCUCUUCUCCAGCGUUUCUAAAUACUUUCUUUUUUCCCCUUCUUCUUCUUUUUUCCCCCCUCUUCUUCUUUCUUUCCCUUCUUUUUUCCCCUCUUUCUUUCUCUUUCUUUUUCCCCUCUUUCUUUCUCUUUCUUUUUUCCCGCUAUCUUUCUCUUUCUUUUUUCCCUCUAUCUUUUCCCCUCUUUCUUUCUCUUUCUUUUCCCCCUUUUCUUUCUCUUUCUUUUCCCCUUUUUCUUUCUCUUUCUUUUUUCCCCCUUUUCUCUUUCUUUUUCCCCUUUUCUUUCUCUUUCUUUUUCCCCCUCUUUCUUUCUCUUUCUUUUUCCCCCUCUUUCUUUCUCUUUCUUUUUUCCCCCUCUUUCUUUCUCUUUCUUUUUUCCCCCUCUUUCUUUCUCUUUCUUUUUUCCCCCUCUUUCUUUCUCUUUCUUUUUUCCCCCUCUUUCUUUCUCUUCCUUUCACUUCUUCUCCAGCUAUGUUAUUUAAUAUGA